ACGGUUGGCACCGGAUCCGGGACCCCUAUCAGUCUCUGCCGUCAACUGCCGAUUCAAAGAUAUGUUGUCGAAAGGGCUGUAUGACCAAUGCAUUGAAUUCUACAAGGAGGAAGUCCAUCCCCAUGAUAGUGGACGCUCCUCUCUUCUCCUUCUUCCUUCAGUCAUUAAAGCCUCUGCUUGCUCCCAAAGCUACCAUUUCGGUCUUCAGCUUCACUGCCUCGUCCUCAAAACCGGCUCCCAUGCCCACCCUGUCGUCUCCAAUUCCCUCAUCUCCAUGUACGCCAAGUUCUCGGAGGCCCACACUGCACGUCAAGUGUUCGACGCAAUGCCUCAACAGGACGUCAUCUCCUGGAAUUCCUUGAUCAAUUGCUAUGCCCAAAAUGGGUAUUGUGCCCGAGCGUUGGAAAUGUUUGAGGAAGCGCGCGCGCGCGGUUUCGUGCCAAAGCCCGAGCUGAUUGCUAGCCUUCUAUCAGUUUCCUCCCAAUACGGAGACUUGAGAUUAGGAAAAGCAAUUCAUGCUGUCAUUACAAUCGACGAAAGGAUAGAGAAGGAGUCCAUCUUCUUGUCGACGGCUCUUCUUGACAUGUAUUUGAGGAUCCAUGGUGAUCUGGAGAUGGCUUCUUGUGUUUUUGAUCAAAUGAAGGAGAAGAACGGGGUUUCGUGGACUGUCAUGGUUUCGGGAUGCACAGCCAGUCAGAAUUACGGCAUGGCACUUGAUUGCUUUCGAACAAUGCAGGUUGAAGGGUUUAAACCCAACCGAGUAUCGCUAAUUGCAGUUUUGCCAGCCUGUGCCGAGUUGGGCUCUGUUAAGCAUGGGAAAGAGAUUCAUGGCUACAGUUUGCGUCAUGGUUGUGAUUCAGAAUUUCGGUUUUCAUCAGCCCUGAUACAUGCAUAUUCCCACUUUCCCGAAACAUUGCGUCAUGCCAAGCUAAUUUUUGAAAGAUCUACAACAAAAGAUGUUAUAAUGUGGAGUUCACUUAUCAGAGGCUACUCUCAAGGAGGGAAUGGUCACGAAGCAAUGAGGCUUUUCCACAAGAUGAGAAUGGAGGGAAUUGAACCAAACUCCAUAACUCUGCUGGCCAUAAUUUUAGCCUGCACUGAUCUGUCGUAUCUAAGUUAUGGACGCGGAGUCCAUGGCCAUGGCUUAAAAUCCGGUCUAUAUUCUGAUGUUUUUUUUGGAAAUUCUCUUAUAGAUAUGUAUGCAAAAUGUGGUUUUCUCAUGGAUUCUCACCAAAUCUUUAAAGAGAUGCAUGUGAAAGAUGCUACUUCAUGGACUGCACUGAUCAGUGGAUAUGGCUUUCAUGGUUGUGGGGAUGAAGCUUUGCACUUCUUUCAUGAGAUGCAGGGGAGAGGAAUGGAGCCAGACACAAUUACAUUCCUCGCCAUUCUAUCGGCUUGCAACCACAGUGGACUUGUAGAAGAGGCACAAAAGCUCUUUUAUGAUGCUAUGAGAGAUGGUAAAAUACCACUAAAUACAAAGCAUUACGCUUGCCUUAUAGAUCUCCUAGGAAGGUCAGGGAAGCUUGAGGACGCUUGUGAGAUCUUGAGAACAAUGCCAAUGGAACCAAGCGUGAGAAUUUGUAGCUCUUUGGUUUCAGCUUGUAAGAUUCAUGGAAGAUUGGAACUUGCUGAAAAGCUAGCACAUUGUCUCAUCAAAUCAGAACCUGAGAAUGCUGCCAACCAUACAUUGUUGAGUAUGGUUUAUGCUGAUUCUGGUAACUGGCUCGGUGUGGAAGAAGUGAGGAGAUUAAUGAAAACAAGAGGAUUAAAGAAGGGCUAUGGGUUCAGUCGGAUUGAGUUAAAGGAUGAGAGUCUGAAGUAGAUUGGAAGUCUCCCAGAGACUGCCAACAACAAAGAUAUAGUUGUAGAGCCACCACCCCUCCUGUAUACCAAGUACGGCAGCAAUUAUUUUUGUUCUAAGAUAUGGCAUUCUUAGAAAGGGAUGUGGUUUUUUUUUGUUAUGGUUCAUAAAAUUUUUGUCUGCAAGCCAAAACACUAGGUAAUUUACAACCAAACAACCUACCAAGUCCAUUAUACUGUUGAGGUUGAGGCUUGAAAUAGAGUUUUUGAGAUGCAUAGAGGUCCAAAUUACAUUAUGCUAUUGUCCUGAAAACCAAAAUCCUUGCAAUAAUUUGAAGGUGAAAGCCUAGGUGUUUUUCUCUCUGGCUGUGGAUGGACCAUAGAUAUCUUCUAGUACCGUGAGAACAUAUAUAGUCGCUUCUUCAUGGACAAGCAUCAGAAAUUAUUAUAAUUCUACUCUGAAAUGGGUCUUAAAGCAACAAGAAAACAGCAGAUGCAAUGGGCACCUGAAAACAACAAAAUGGAUCAGUGAAGAUCCGGGGUGCAGCAGAUCUUUCUUCGGGCGAGGCUCUAGGAACUAAAACUCUGGUGUUCUACUCCACUGUUUCCAAGUCUCCAAGCAUGUUUUCUUUAUUCUAUUGAAUAGUUAACUACAAGCAGUUAAUCUAG